UGUAUAUUAUAUCGCAGUACUGUACAAAAGCCCUUUCCUUGGACCGUCUCAGUAGUGAUCACUACAGAGUAGCAAUCUCACAAUGAUGCGAAAAAUGAAAGCACGAUGGUGAAAGAUCCUCUUCGUCCGUUCGAAAAGAUUGAAAUCUGGCAAUUUUUACACGCCUUGUUAGAAGUUUCCUGGCACUUAUAUACCAAACACAACGACGAUAGAGUCGAGGAAAUGAACGGAAAAAUCGCUGGUGGUUUGCACAAAUUUUUAAAAAACUAUAUAUAUCCUCAUGCUGGAAAUCAUGUUGGUAGUCUGUGCCGUGAAAAUCAAGAUUUGCUACCUAUGUACUGCGUCUUUGAAUUGUACCGACAGAUUGGCUAUCCAAUUUCUGCAAAAGAUCUCCUUCGUGCGACGUGCGUUUUAAAAGGCAGGGCUGAUCCAAAGCUUCCUUCGACUACUGCCGAAAAUACUACUGUGGAAAAUUUUCCGGAUGGAAUUAAUUCUGUGACGAUAGGCGAAAAAGUCAGCUACUUACUGAAACUUGACGAAAUCUUUUCGUCACCCGAUCGUACGAUUAAUAUAUCAAGAAGAAAUGCAAAUAAUUUAUGUAGCAGUGGGUAUAGCGCAUUCUAUAAAAAUUACCGUACAUGCUUCGUUUGCGUUAAGAACGUCAUUCGUAUUACAGCUAACGGAUUGUUGGUCUUUACACGACUAGGGACUAGAAAAAUGAUAGAAAUUAUGAUGCUAAUAUGUCCUGGAAUAAAAGAUGCAAAUAGUGGUGUAAUUAUAAACAUGGAUUACAAGGUAUAUUAUCGUAAUUCAAAUUUUGAUAUAUUUGAUACAAAUGAAAUUCAAUGAAAAAUCUUUUUAAAGAUAAACUGCUGAUAGAACGAUCUGGUUGCUAUUUGAUUAUACUUGACUUGCUUCGGUGUCUCUUCAGUUUUUAACAUCAUAAUAUUUAAACAACGUUGUUAUGCUAUUAUAUUACUAUUAUCAGGUUUCAACGCACCGGUUUACAUAUAUAAACACAAAUUCUUGGUGAAACGCGUUAUAUGAAACAAAUGAAAGAUAUGGCAGCAGUCAGAUCGUCCCUAUACAUAAUUACUUGCGAUUAGCCCUGUAUGUUGCUCGCAUGUAAAAUUGCAUAAUGUCGAUAACUACGAAUAUCGCUCGACAUAGAUAACCUUAUUAAUGGUUAUGAUUGUUAUCACUAUUAUUAUUAUUAUUAUUAUUAUGCAAUUUUUAUUUUAUGCGUACUACGUGACACGUAUUAAAAAGAUUAUAAAACUGAAAUUGAAAGCAGGUAAGUUAACAAACAAUAUGAACAGUAAUAUAAAAUGCAAAUUAUGUCAGACUGGGUUUCAUCGGUUAUUUAAGUAUCAAGUAUAUAAUUAUAGAAUUAUCAUCGAUUAUAUAUUAUAUACAUAUACAUAUGUCGGGUUCACACUAUGAUUAGGGUUGGGGUUAGGGGUGCGAAACGAAUCUUCAUUUGGAUUAGGCAUUGUUGUUAUGCGAUAGAGAAGAUAUUCAAUAGUGAAUAAUACGAGUAUUAUAGAAUUUGACAGAUAACCGCGGUAAUCAGAUACUCGAGACGAUAAUGACAAUGAUCCUAGGUUCAAUAACGAAUCCGCGGUCAAAGGGGAUUAGCAAAAUGCGCUUGCUUCCAAAGUCCAAGCUGUACCCCACUUCCUUGUCUACGGUACAAGUAUUACUGGACCAAUUCUUUGUUAAAACGUAGAAGAUCCACCGAGCGUAAGGGCGUUAUGUAACUCGGUAAUGAGAGCUUGCGAGAGAGAAUGACUUUCCGUCACGAUGAUGCUGCAGAGGAAAACUAUAUGGCGUGUGUCUAAGGACACGAGAUCAUCGGAUUCGUGGAGCGAUACCUUCGUUCGGAAAGUGAGGGAAAUUCGCGUUGCUGUUAAUUGGUCAAUUUCCAUAUCGGUGGUUAGAAAAGGAUGCUAGCCGCCCUUGAGGGAAAGUUGCUGGCAGGAGGCGCCGUUCGUGAGAAAAUAGGUUUUCUUCCCCUGUCUUCCCGUAGUUGGGACAAAGACUGUUUGUCUGUUUGAAGGACUUUAGUUAGCUAAAUCUUAAGAUUUGUAACGGGCCCUCAGGCUAGCUGAAUAUGUACCGUGGAGAUGCAUCGACAUCUUAUGCAUGAUCAUCUUACCCGGAGAAUAGGGUCCGCGUGUGGCGAGCCACACCGGACAGAGACUGGAAUGGAAUUGGAAUGUUUACUGUCGAGUGCCGCUACAACGAUUUCCUUUUAAGGAGAGCUAUAUUAUUACUCCAUACCUUUGUUAGACAAAACGUUCAUCC